ACUGUGCGAGUGUCGCAUGGGCGUCACUUCACCACCUCCACAUGCACCGAGUGAUCGAACGGUCCAGAUCAUUGAUUGAUCCAGACCUUCGGGACCCACCUGGUCAUUUGAGGACUUGGUCCCGUCUCUAUAAGUCGCCGGUGAGUUUGUUGGGCAAGGUCAUAUUCGUGCAGCUCGUGCAGGUCCGCAGCAAGCGACUCAUUACCAACGUCGGCCUGGGGGACAAGCCCGUCUAGUAUUUAGCUUGAACUCAUCCAUUCUUUCAUGGCCACAGCAUGAGUCGGGAGCAGUGCGUCAGAUAGCGAGCGCAUUUUGAUAGAAACUUGUCGCGAUUGCUGAAUCAAACCGCUCCACAUCGGCAAUAGAUAGCUGUGCAGGUUCUGUAAAAACGGGGUUAUCGGUACACAGCUUGCACGAGAAGCUCUCUAUGGAUAUGCAGGACUGAGGACCAUCCCAGGCCAGCGCUGCACGUACUGGCAAACCGCUCUCAAAUUGUACAUUGACCAGGAUCAGUUGCCUCGCCGACCACCAGCUGCAAAGCGAAACUUUUUGCGGCGACUGGGCUGCAGCUGGCUCUGAUCAAUUGUGACUUUUCCGCAGCCAAGUGAAACACAAUCCCCAUUAUGCCGAUGGCAAUAUCAGGGCAUAAGGUUGACAGCCAAGGCACCGACCACUGCAACGGCGUGGACCACAGCAGCGGCCACCACGACCCCAUGCUUGUGGACUCCAGUGCGUUCUGUAUCAGUGCGCCCCUGCCUGCUCUGUCCGCGGACCCCUUGAACUGGAAGCGCACCGCCAAAGCCAUGGAAGGCAGCCACCUCGACGAGGUGAAGAGCUUCAUCAGGACGUUCUCCGAGUCCACUUUCGUUUCCUUGGAGGGCGUCAGCCUCACCAUCGCCCACGUUGCGGCGGUGGCUCGCAGGCCCGAGCUCCAGGUGCGCUUGGAUGCCGCCAUCGCCAAGAAGCUCGUGGACCAGAGCUCCGACUGGGUGCUGAACAAGAUCAUGCGCGGAUCCGACAUCUACGGUGUCACCACCGGCUUUGGCGCCACUUCCCAUCGCCGGACGCAGCAGGGAGUGGAGCUUCAGCGGGAACUCAUCAGGUUCUUGAACGCCGGAGUGGUGAAUUCCGGAAACACGCUGCCGGUGGCCACCACGCGUGCUGCGAUGCUGGUGCGGACCAACACAUUGUUGCAGGGAUUCUCCGGCAUCAGGUGGGAGAUUCUUGAAGCCAUGGAGAAGCUCCUCAAUUCCCAAGUCACGCCCAAGUUGCCGCUCCGAGGCACCAUCACAGCCUCCGGCGACCUCGUCCCGCUGUCGUACAUCGCUGGUCUCCUCACUGCCAGGCCCAAUUCCGAGGCGGUCACCGAGGAUGGCAGCACGGUGUCGGCCGUGGAAGCAUUGCAGAUGGCGGGCAUCGACAAGCCUUUCGAGCUGCAGCCCAAGGAGGGGCUGGCCAUGGUGAAUGGCACGGCCGUGGGAUCGGCGCUGGCCUCCACCACCUGCUUCGACGCCAACAUCCUGGCGGUCAUGGCCGAAGUGCUGUCCGCGCUGUUCUGCGAAGUGAUGCAGGGGAAGCCAGAGUUCGCGGACCCCUUGACGCACAAGCUGAAGCACCACCCGGGUCAGAUGGAGGCCGCGGCCAUCAUGGAGUACCUCCUCGACGGGAGCUCCUACAUGAAGGCCGCUGCCAAGUUGCACGAGACGGACCCGUUGAAGAAGCCCAAGCAGGAUCGGUACGCCCUGCGCACCUCGCCGCAGUGGCUGGGGCCUCAGGUGGAAGCCAUCCGCAACGCCACGCAUUCCAUCCAGCGGGAGAUCAACUCCGUCAACGACAACCCCCUCAUCGACGCCGCGGGAGACAGAGCACUCCACGGCGGCAACUUCCAAGGCACGCCCAUCGGCGUCUCCAUGGACAACAUGCGCCUCGCCGUGGCCGCCAUCGGGAAGCUCAUGUUCGCGCAAUUCAGCGAGCUCGUGAACGACUUCUACAACAACGGCCUGCCAUCCAACUUGAGCGGAGGGCCCAACCCCAGCCUCGACUACGGCAUGAAGGGCGCGGAGAUCGCCAUGGCUUCCUACCUGUCCGAGCUCAACUACCUCGCCAACCCGGUCACCACCCACGUCCAGAGCGCCGAGCAGCACAACCAGGACGUCAACUCGCUGGGCCUCGUGUCCGCGCGCAAAACCGAGGAGGCCAUCGAGAUCCUCAAGCUCAUGACGUCCACAUUCUUGGUCGGGUUGUGCCAGGCCAUCGACCUGCGCCACGUCGAGGAGACCAUGCAGGCGGCCGUGAAGAGCAUCGUCACGCAGGUGGCGAAGAAGACGCUGUUCAUGAACCCCGCGGAUGGCACCCUCCUGCCCGCCAGGUUCGCCGAGAAGGACCUCCUCAGAGUGGUGGAUCACCAGCCCGUGUUCACGUACAUCGACGACGCAGCCAGCGGCACGUAUCCUCUCAUGGAGAAGCUGCGACAGGCGCUCGUCCAGCACGCCCUGCAGACCAACAAGUCGGACAAGCAGGCGGCCAGCUCGACCUUCAAUCUCAUCGCGGCGUUCGAGGAGGAACUCAAGGUGAGGCUGCAAACGGAGGUGCCACAGAUUCGGGAAGCAUACGACAACAAGGGCUACUCGCCGGUGCCCAACAGGAUCGAGAACUGCAGAACGUACCCGCUGUACAAGUUCGUGCGCAACGGAUUGAAGACGCAGCUUCUGUCGGGACUGCGCACCAUCUCACCCGGCCAGGAAAUCGAGAAGGUAUACGACGCCAUCUGCGAGGGCAAGCACGUGGCUCCGCUGCUGGAGUGCAUCGGAGGAUGGAACGGAGCACCGGGACCCUUCUCAUGCUGACAGGAUUCCUGCAUCAACUCCCAGGGUGGGUGUAAAAUUUUGCAACGCUGGAGCGCGGAGCGUCUGCUUCGGCGACGAGGCAGCAAUGGCUGGGGAAGUGGAGUGGAAGAGGGACUGGGGUCCCCAGGCCCUGAUGGAGGGAGGGAGGGGCCGCCAUAGCCACGAUCGCGGUGCAGUUGUGGAAGGAUGGUGAGAAUGUGGCCCUGUCGCAGGCAGAGUGGAUGCGGAAGGUGCUGUCGUGCUGUAGUGCACCUCUGCUCUCGCAGCCCGAACGGCGCAGAGGUGCUUCAAUUUCGGGCUUGCUGCAUUGAAAUGGGGACUGGCAAGCGGAGCUGCUGCAUUGUGUUACCGAUCUCCUCACCCUUGUAAGAUAUAGGCUGGGUGGAUGUGCCCACUAUCAGUGUAAAGCAUAACAUUCUUGUGAUGUAUUGGAUGUGAUUACUGGAUUCCUGCCGUCAUUAGGGUACAUGCAACUGUAUUGUGUAUUGCAGCGGGAUAUGGAAAGAGUAAGAAUUUAAGAAAUCAAAUUAUUGGUACAGAUGCACUACAAUAAAUUAUUGUCGUCAUUCUUGAUGGAGUUGAGCUCU